AUGCCCGCGGUGAGGCCCUCGGCCGUGCUCGUCCCCUCCCCUGCUCGCCGCGGUCGCCGCGCCCCGCGCGCGCUCGGCCGCGCUCGUCUCCGCGCGCCCCCGCCCCCUCUCUCUCCCUCGCGCGACCCCGCCUGCGCGCGCGCUCGCGCUCGUCACCGCGGCCGCUACCGCCGCCCGCGCGCAACGCGCCACUCUGGCCACUCCGGCCCCCCUCCCGCACGCUCGGGCGCCCCUCCUCCCUACGCUCUCCUCGCCCCCUGCACCGCCCCACGCUCCGCCGUGCCGCCCCCGCGUGCUGGUCGCCGCUCGGGCUUGACCCCGCCCGCGGCGCUCGUCGUCGGGUCCGCCAAACCACACGCCCCGUCCGCCCGCUGCGGCCCCUUGCCCAGCGCUCCUCCCUGCGGGCGCCUCUCCACCGACCACGGCCAGCGCGCCCCGCUCCGGCCAUGGACUCGCCGUGGCCACCGCCCCCUGCUCCGGCGCCUUGCCGGGUCCGCCCGCACCUAG